UUCUUUUCAUUUUCAACUUACAAUUUAAACCAUUAAUCAUAACCUCAAUCUUACCCAUCAUGACUUUUCUCUAGUUCUAUUAAACCUGCCUGAAUAGUGCAAUAAUGACCGAAAAGUACACUUUAAUCGAACAUCCCAGUACUUUAAACAGCAUAAUCCGCAACACAUUUCAAUCGACACACCGAAUAAAAUUCACAGCGUUUGAUGUUUCCAACAAAUACGUCAUUUUCGGCGUUAAUAGCGGUGGUAUUUACAUUUUCAGUCGUGAAUCUUGCCAGUUCGUCAAAUUAAUCCCUAGUACCCAUGGCCCCGCAAACUUACUUUCUAUUUCCCCAAAUGAGAAAAACCUCGCGAUUGCUGUCUCAACAGGGCUUGUGGUCGUCCUCGAGGGCUUUACCGAGACAGAAUUCCAACAACAAAUUUUCACUGAACAUGAAGACAACCACAUAACUGCCAUGACAUGGAACGGAAACGAUCUAUACUGCGGUGACAACACUGGCCGGGUUUCUGUCGUAGCCCUCCGAAAUUUUUUGACAAUGUUUCAAACUCCGGUUGCUUGUCUCAUGCACUUAGACUCUCAGAUCGUGCAAUUGGACACCUACUCUAAGUUUCUCCUAGUCUCCACGCAAACCCGUUCGUUGUUAUGUGACACCGAGUCCGAAAAGUACCGACAAAUCGGUAAAAAAAUGCGCGAUGGUUGUUUUGGCGCCUGUUUCCUCACUGCGGGGAAUCCCCACAAAAACAACGACAGCAAUGCACGUACCAGAGGCCUUUUUGAAAUUUCAGGCGACUCAGAACAACUAUCAGCCCCCUCACACGACGAUAAAGUCAAAAUUUAUUGCGCUAGGCCGGGGGUGAGGCUCUGGCAGGCUGAUUUUGAAGCCAAUGUUGUCGUAACUCACCAGUUUAGGCCGGCUUUGGGGCUAAGUCACAGCAAAGUUGUACAAUGGGACGACUCAGACCGACUCAAAUUGAAAACUCUCUCCCCUCAAACCGGGGAAUUUAAUUUCGGGAAAAUUUACAAUUUUUUGCACCGAUUCGUUUUGACUUUUCGGGACGAUGGUUUUUACAUUUUCGAGCCGUCCUCGAGCACUUUACACUGGAGUGCCCACACGAGUGUAAAAGACGUGAAAAUUGUUGAUUCGUUCUUGUAUGUUUGGCAUAGCGAUUUGGAAGUUAGCGUUUUGUCGUUGUUAUCCAUUGAGGAAUUGGUUUUGAGGAGUUUAAUGAGGAAAAAGUAUAAAUUGUGUGCGGAAAUUUGCUUGGAGUUUUACGACGACGUCCAAUCGUUAAUUGAAACGUCGAAAAAGAUUCACUUAAUUUCGAUUUUAGAAACAAAGUUAGAUGACUCAGAAGUGUUACUUAAGUUAGAACCGAUUUUCACACGCUUGAAAGACUGUGCGGUAACACCGACUCUAGAGAGAUAUAAAAACGGAAUUGUUACAGUCAAUGCCUUACCGGUUUUACCAGAGUCGGUUGAAAAUUUUGAAAAAGACACCAAAAAACAAGAAAACAGUAUUUUGACAGAGCAAUUUAGGGUUAGUAGGUUUAAUAAGAAUAUAGAAACGAACGAUUUUACUCAAUUAAUGAAGACUUUAAAUUCGAACGAACUUUACGACGUUUUGCGAGAAUUCGAGUCACAAAACGAAAGUUGUGCCGAUUGGUGCAAGGAAAUAUUUUUGAAACAUUUAAAAAUCAUCUCUGAGUUUAAAUCAGAGGCUUUAGAUUACGCACACCAGGCCUUUUUCUCCUUUAACAUGAACAUGAAUUUUAUUUGUAAUUGUGGUUUUCCGCUACCUCAAGCGCACGAAUUGCGCCCAAAGUUUUACGAAAUUGGGACUCAACUAAUGGAAAAGACCGAUAAUUACGAAGAUUAUCUCAAAAGUGUCCCAUACAUGUACAAAAACGUUUUGGAAAAAAUCAACGAUUCGCAAGAAAUUCAUUCCAAACUGCCCCUCAUAAUUCAGUUUAGUGACCCCGAAAUAAUUGAUACUCACUCGAGUAAACUGACUUAUGAUCUUUGGGACGAGUCAAUUCGUUGUUUACUCAAAUUAAAGUCCGGUCAGUGCCUUAAUUGUGGUGCUAAAAUCGACGUUAGGGCCACUUUUGACUGGACUGAUUUUGCAACAAAAAUAGUCGAUUCGAUAAAGGCAAACAACGCCCUUAAGCUGUUCAAACGUUACGCUCAUUUAUUACCUAAGGGGGGAUUAAAGCCGGUUUUUUAUCAGUAUUGCAUUUUUUCGUCCGCUUCAAAUACAACAAGCGGCAUUUUUAGGAAGACUUUAGAUAACGAAAAUGUCUGUAAGCAGUUUGAGACGUCCGUAGGAGGAUAUCUACGUAAGAAAUAUUUGUGUGGUAGCGAUUUAUACGACCCACCCAAUCGCAAAUCAAUGCUGGAUUUAAUAAAUUGUGAUCACUGCCAAUUGCCUUUAAAAAUUCCAAUGCUUGAAGAAACUACGAAACUGACCUGUGGACAUAACUACCAUCAAACGUGUCUUUUAUACAACAAGAGUCAGUGUCCUAAAUGUGAUCCACUUUUGUAGUUUUUACAGCCUAAUAAAUUUUAAAAACAGGA